AUGAACGUAUCUGACCCCCAAUGUCUUCAGGACAUGGAUGUGGUGGAGCAUGACGAUCUUGUCGAGGUGCUCUCACCGGGACCUCGAGCAGUGUCAUCAGGAGAGCAGUCACUUGAUGGAAGCAUAGACGAGGAACGAGGAGCGUUGUCAGAUUCAGAUGUGAACCAUGUUGCUAGGACUCACACUCUAGCAUCUCAAGUCAAGGGUCCGUCUUCCGAUGCUUUGGAGGAAUCAUGCAGAAUGGAGGCCGUAGCAAGGGAACGAGGUUCCGAAUGGGAAGACGUGCUAGGAAGCGGAAAACUUAUGAGAAGGGUAGUGAGAGACGGUCGAGGAGAAGAACGGCCUACAGACGGACACUGGGUGACGAUCAAGGUCGUGGACACUUUGCGUGGUGUGGACUCCCAUGAUCGACUGACAUUUAUUCUUGGCUUCAGCAUGGUUAUCGAUGCUUGGGAGCUGCUCACAAAGUUGAUGUACGUUGACGAGGUGUCGGAGAUCCGAGUAAAGUCAUCCUUAGCAUAUGGUGAAUGCGGCCUAGAUGAUAUCAUCCCUCAAAACCAGGAUCAGGAGUACCGCAUUGAACUUCUCGAGAUUGGUGAAUCUCCCAAGUACUCUACAAUGGGAGAAGAGGAACUUUCUGAUUUUGUGCUUAUGCUUAAGGAUAGGGGGAAUUUCUAUUUCAAUCGGAAAGAGUACGAGAAGGCCAUCUUUGUCUACAAAAGAGCUUCUGGCAUUAUUGAUGUACCCAAGAGCAGUGAGGCCUUGUGUAAGCUAUUUUCAGCACUUCAUUCUAACCUCGCUGUUUGUUAUGCAAAGCUUGAAGAUUGGAACGAAGUCCUUAAAUGUACUGAUGAAUCGUUACGCCUCCAUGAAGCAAAUACGAAGGCUCUAUUCCGAAGGGCCGCCGCUCUUUCUGCACGCAAUGACACUGAAGAAGCUAUGGAUUGUUUGAAGCGUGCACUAGAAAUUGAUCCCCACGAUACUGUGGUACAGUGUGAAGUAGAAAGGCUUGGUGGGAUCCGUAAACGACGUCGUGCUGAGGAACGAGCGUUGUAUCGUAAAAUGCUAGUGGGAGCUGGUGACCUUCCACCAUCAAACCGCCGUUUCGACUUCGUCACCUACCGCCUUUUCGCUAUUGGAGCUUUCUCUUUGGUCACAUUUGCCUUGUUCGUCUUCUUUCUGUUCAAACUGUGGAGUUUGCCAAGUGAUCAGGAACAAGAACUGUAG